AUGAUUCCCUCGGGAACGCCUCCGCUAUGGCAGCCGGGGAACGAUCCGAACGCGCGCGAUGGCCCAGGCCGCGCGCCGUUGCAUCUCGUGUGCCGGCGGAAGCCCCUUCACCCCGCGGACAUUGCGCACAUCCGCGCGCUCCUCGCGGCGGGUGCGGAUCCAGACCUGCCAGAGGGGUUUGGGCGGUCGGCGCUGUGCCUGGUGUGCAUGGAGUCGGGGAACAGCGAGGCUGCGGCGCUGCUGCUGGAGGCGGGCGCUGACGCGAACCGCAAGGACCACCUGGGCAGGUCGCCAUUGCAUUGGUGUGCGGAUCGCGGGUGGGUGCGCACAGCUGAGCUGCUGCUGAAGCAUGGCGGGGACAUCAACAUCCAAACACAUCCCGACCCGCUCUGUUUGAUGCAGUCUGGUGACACGCCCCUUCACUGGGCUGCGAAGGCAGGCAGAAGCCUGGUGGUUGAGCUGCUUGUCGCCGCAGGUUGCGCACUAGACAUCACCAAUAAUCGCGGCCAGACGGCCCUGCACGCUGCAGCAGACGUGCACAUCCUCUCCUUCCUCUCAGGCAUGGUGAAGAAGCAGGAGGCACAUGGGGAGGCUGAUGGGGCAUCGAGAGUGGUUGGGAAUGAUGGCAAGGACGGAUGUAGUCAGGACCAGCUGCAAACGAAGCAUAGCAGGCAAGUAAGGGAGCAACAGUCGGACGCAGGAGGCGCUUACUGGAUCACUUCCUCUGCCUCUCAUCCAUCCAUGCCUGACUGGGUGCAGCUGGCUCAUUCCUGCCCUCCCAUGCCCAUCCGCCCCCCACCGACUUCAAGCAGUGUUGACAGCCCACGUUCCCCAGCGGGGGAUGGUAUGGUGGGCAAUGCCGCGGUGGGGAUAGAACCGCUGGCAGAAAGGGAGAAGCAGCACACUGAGGGAUCAGCAAGGGGAGUUGGGGAUAGCUUGGCAGAUGCUGGACCCAGUCAGUCGACUGCAUUGGCUCAAUCACACUCGCAAGGAACUCGAUCAUCCUCUCUCCAUGACUGCCACCGACCGGUUCCACCGCCAUUUCUCACGAAGACCUAUCAGCUGGUUGACGACUCUUCUACCGAUGAAGUCGUCAGCUGGGGCUCUGAGCUGGUCACCUUCGUUGUGUGGAAGCCGAUGGAAUUUGCACGAGACCUGCUUCCCAACUAUUUUAAGCACAAUAACUUCUCAAGUUUCGUUCGUCAAUUGAAUACAUACGGCUUUCGAAAGGUUGCGCCGACGAGAUGGGAGUUUGGAAACGAUUACUUUAAAAAGGGCGAGUUUCGGCUGCUUUGUGAAAUCCAACGUCGGAAGUCGUUUGUACCAAUCGCCAACAACCAUAUAACGCAAGCUGGUCCGUCAAAAGCGCCUGAGCCUAUCAAAGAAGUUUGUGCUGCUGAUGAAGUCGAGCGUCUGCAGUCGGAAAACGCCUUUCUCUCGAGCGAACUCAAGCGCAUGCAACGCCUCUAUUAUGAUGCGAUUUCGCUUCUGCAACAGGCAAGCCAACCACUGGCGCAUUCAGGGCACGGUUCAAACAGCGUCUGGUAUCCCCGCCCUCCUGUCCCCGUCUUCAAUCCUCAACUUGGCAGCAACAGUCAUGCAGGGACAAGCAUCUCUCCCCCCCAUUCCUAUGCACCCUCAACCUCCAGCCCAAUGCCUCUGGCACCCAUUUCCAGCACCUCAGUUGUUCAAAUGAGGCGGGUGUAA